AUGGCCAGUCUUCAGUUUCACGGCAACGUCAAUGCGAACAUCAGGUAUGAUGUUAGCCUGGAUCCGGCAAGGGAAUCGAAUCUUUUCGGCCUUCUGAUGGGACUACAGUUGGCCAUGGGAAUGGAACCGAAUCCUAGGUUACCAAAAUGGUGGCCAAAAUGGUUGAACCUUGGAGGCAAAUUCCUGGCCAAAUUCUAUUGCUCUAUGGUGAUUUUUACAUCGCUGCAUUUGGGAGUCCUUUUCACAAAGACCACACUGGAUGUUUUGCCGACGGGAGAGCUGCAGGCCAUAACCGAUGCCCUCACCAUGACCAUAAUAUACUUUUUUACCGGCUAUGGGACAAUCUACUGGUGUGUUCGCUCCCGGCGCCUUUUGCUAUACAUGGAGCACAUCAACCGCGAAUAUCGCCACCAUUCGCUGGCCGGGGUGACCUUUGUGAGCAGCCAUGCGGCCUUCAGGAAGUCCUGGAACUUCACGGCCGUGUGGAUAAUGGCCUGCCUGCUGGGCGUGAUCACCUGGGGCGUAACGCCGUUGAUACUGGGCAUCCGGAUGUUGCCGCUGCAGUGUUGGUAUCCCUUCGACGCCUUGGCCCCCGUCACAUAUUCGGCCAUGUAUGCCACCCAGCUUUUUGGUCAGGUCCUGGUGGGCGUGACCUUUGGCUUCGGGGGAUCACUGUUCGUUACCCUCAGUUUGCUGUUGCUGGGGCAGUUCGAUGUGCUCUACUGUAGUCUAAAGAAUCUGGAUGCCCAUGCCAGGUUGCUAUCCGGGGAGUCCGUAAAUGGCCUGAGGUUGCUGCAAGAGGAAUUGCUGCUAGAGGACUCCACCAGGGAGUUGAAUCAGUAUGCCGUUCUGCAAGAGCACCCUACAGAUUUGCUGAUGAUGUUGGCAGGACGCCAAUCUCCUGGCCCUGGAAAUGCGUUCCAUAGUGCUCUGGUGGAAUGCGUUCGACUGCAUCGCUUCAUCCUGCAUUGUUCGUUGGAGUUGGAGAACCUUUUCAGUCCAUAUUGUCUGGUCAAGUCCCUGCAAAUCACCUUUCAGCUCUGCCUUCUGGUCUUUGUGGGCGUUUCGGGAACCCGGGAGGUCCUGCGAAUAGUCAACCAGUUGCAAUAUUUGGGCCUGACCCUUUUUGAGCUUCUGAUGUUCACCUAUUGCGGCGAGUUGCUGAGUCGGCAUAGUAUACGAUCCGGCGAUGCCUUCUGGCGGGGUUCUUGGUGGAAGCAUGCCCAUUUCAUUCGCCAGGACAUCCUCAUCUUCCUGGUCAACAGUCGACGGGCUGUUCAUGUGACCGCUGGCAAGUUUUAUGUGAUGGAUGUUAAUCGUUUGAGAUCGGUUAUUACGCAGGCCUUUAGCUUCUUGACUUUACUACAAAAGUUGGCUGCCAAGAAGGCCGAAACAGAGCUCUAA